UGUACAGACUGUCGAACUAUCCUAAUCGUAUCGAGAUUAGAGAUAGAAAUUCGUUGAAUUCUACAGAUUAGGAAUGUUCAUUUGGAUUCGCGGAACUAUUGAUCUAAAAAUUUAGAGUUGGCAGCAAUUAGAUUCGGUGUCAGAUUGAUGAACAGUGAAAACGAAUAAUUCCGAGGGCUUUAACGACACAGGUCCUUAAUUAAUGAAUAAAUAUCACUUCCUUGGACCUCAUGCCAUAUCGAAAACUUAUCUAUCUUCACCGGUAUAUAGCGAGGUUCAUCUCGGUGGAGGGGGUAGCUGUCACGUUGACGUGACUUUGACAAAUACAAAAGAAAACUGGUGUGAGGCUUGUGGUGGAGUUUAUGUGGAUUUUCUAUAAAUUUUAUUUUAUUUUCAUGUGUCCCCGACAUUUUAUUUCGUUGACUCAAUAACCAAAGCCUGAAAUACACUGUGCACCUCUCGGUUCCGGAACGUCCGCAUUUAAACCAAAUUAUAUGAUUAAAGAAUGUCGAAAUCCUGACCGAAAGUACCAAAUGCAGACAUGUUCAGAAGCAGAAGCUGGUUUGGGGGCGGUUGGGGCCGUCCCAAGAACCCUCAUUCGCUUGAGCACCUCAAAUACUUGUACAAUGUGCUAUCCAGAAACCAAACAGUAUCCGAGCAUAAUAGAGGACUGUUGGUUGAAUCGUUAAGGUCCAUUGCUGAGAUUCUGAUUUGGGGGGAUCAGAAUGAUUCCUCUGUGUUUGAUUUCUUUUUAGAAAAGAAUAUGCUAUCAUUCUUUCUAAGAAUAAUGAGACAAAGAAGUGGGGGAUCAAGCUUUGUUUGUGUACAGCUGUUACAGACACUGAAUAUUCUCUUUGAAAAUAUUAGAAAUGAAACAUCCUUGUAUUACCUCCUAUCUAACAACCAUGUAAAUUCAAUCAUUGUACAUAAGUUUGACUUUUCUGAUGAGGAAGUAAUGGCUUACUACAUUUCAUUUCUGAAGACACUCAGCUUGAAGCUAAAUGCUCAUACAAUCCACUUCUUUUACAAUGAGCAUACAAAUGAUUUUCCACUAUACACAGAAGCUAUAAAGUUCUUCAACCAUCCAGAGUCCAUGGUUAGAAUAGCUGUACGGACACUGACAUUAAAUGUGUAUAGAGUUGAUGAUGCUAGUAUGUUAGCUUUUAUAAGAGACCGAACUGCUGCUCCCUAUUUUAGCAAUAUUGUUUGGUUUAUUGGUAAACAUAUACAGGAGCUAGAUGCUUGUGUAAGGAAUGAUGCAGACCACCAAUCUCAAAAUCGUUUGGCAGACCUUGUAGCAGAGCAUCUAGAUCAUCUGCAUUACAUCAAUGAUAUUCUCUGCUUACAUAUCACAGACUUGAAUCAUGUACUUACUGAUCAUCUGUUGCAUAAGCUGUUGAUUCCGCUGUACAUUUACUCCUUAGCAUCUAGCAAAAGGAUUUCAUCAGCACCUGUUGAUAUCAUAGCUCAAAGCUUGAGCAGGUCAGCUUUGAACAGUCCCAGAGCUUCACAUCAAAACAGUCCCAAGAUGCAUGAAGUCUCAAAUGGGAAAGUUUCUUGUGUGGUGGCAUUGUUUUUGCUGUCACAAGUAUUUCUUAUACUCUCACAUGCUCCUCUAGUACAAACUUUAGCCUGGAUUGUACUGAAGACUGACAGAAGUGUCUUUGAAAAAGGUGUUGACAAGCUUCUGGAGUACUAUGAGAAAGAAAAGAAAAUGGAAGAAGAGGCAUGUGCUCAGGCGAUGAAGGAAGCCAGCCCUAAAGAGAGCAUUAGCCCAAAAGAAACUGUCCCAGAAGAACAAAGUAAACUCAAUAUAACUGAUGAAGAAAAAGAGAAAAUGGUGAAUCCUGUAGAUAGCGCAAGCAGUUCUACAGACCGACCGUUUCUUGAGGCUGUGUAUGAUGCAUUAGAUUCUACUGAAAAUGACUAUGUAGCUUUGUUUGGACUGAGUUUGCUGUAUGCUAUAGCAAACAAUCUAGGUGUCACUGCAGAUAUAACGGAACAGGUGGUGCGCCCGAAGAAGACGUUCAUAUCAAAAUCAUCAACGAAAGAUGUUAGGUAUAGCUACAAUGCCUACUUGGUGGACAAGCUCCUUCAAAUAGUUUUAUACGCGUGCCAACCGUCAAGUAGAGUGAGGCUGGUUACGCUAGAAUUAGCGUUGAAGCUGCUGAUGCAAAUGGCUAUGUGUGAUGGGAAAAACAUAUUGCAGGAGAACCACCGGACUACCAUCGAAACUGCCAAACAGCAAAGUACGGCGUUAUUGAGGAAUUUUUAUAAAAGUGAAGAGAUAUUUUUAGAUAUGUUUGAAUAUGAAUACUGUGAUAUGAACAAAGGUGCUUUAAAUGUAGAAUGGCUGUGUAUGGACAGUGCAAUACUGUUACCUCCAACAGGAACACCAAUGACUGGGAUUGAUUUUGUUAAAAGGCUGCCUUGUGGAGAGGUAGAAAGGGCUCGAAGGGCUAUCAGAGUAUACUUCCUAGUCCGAAACCUGGUGCUGACCCUAAAUGGCGAAGUGGAGAGCCAGCUACCUCUGACAAACCCACAGAGCUGCGUCCAAAUCGAGCAAGCCUUGGACCUGAACAAUUCCGAUCUGAUCGCUUGUACCGUCAUCUACAAGGACGGUACCAAGACAAGGAGAUUCUUGGUGAUAGAUGUACUGCAAUUGAUCCUUGUCGAACCUGACACCAAGAGACUUGGCUGGGGAGUUGCAAAACUAGUGGGUUUUCUCCAAGAUAUCGAAGUGACAGGUGACAAGGACGAUUCAAGGUGUCUCCACAUCACGAUACACAGGCCGAUAUCUGGAGCAAGUAGUAACCGGGUUCCACUCCUGAAUGCCAAAUUUCUUUUUGAUGACAACAUCAGAUGUAUGGCUGCCAAACAAAGAUUGACUAAGGGCAGGAUAAAAGCUCGCCAGAAGAAGAUGCAACAUAUCGCUCGUUUGUUGGAGAUACCUGGGCAGUCUGGACCCCCUAGUCCAGCGUUUGCAGGUCAAGGGUCAUACGGAGUCAGGCCAAUUUUGAGGACCGGGGGAAGAGAGAACAGACCAUUAUUCAAUGUAUCAAGAGGACCCGGUUUUGCCGCACCGACUAGACGGGAGAGUUCUCCAGGAAUUGCCCAUAGAGCUGACGAAUUUCGACGUACUAGAGACAGAGACAAAGAAGGUUUGAAGAAAGAAGACGGAGGAAAGAAAUCAAGAGACAACUCUUCCAAUAGAGUAAGAAGCAGGGAAGGGUCACCUAGGAUGCCUAGGCCGAGGUCCGAGGAAAUUCCUCUGGAAUUAAUCAAGAAAGCUCCAAGUUCUGUGAUAGAUAUGGCUCCAAAAAUCAGUAUCAUGCCUAGGCCUCAAACGCCUCGCACUGUUACCGAGCCCGAACCAUCCACAUCAACAUCGAGCGAGAAUCAAACAAGUGUGAUAAAUGACGUGGCAACAGCUGUGUCCAGAAUAUCAGAAGAGACGUCAUUCAUAGCGGAUCAGGACUCCAAUGAUGGGGUUGAAACAGUAUAAUUUUUAUGUGGUGAUAUUGGAAUUUUACAUACUGAGACAGCUUUGUCGUUAAAAAUAUUGUGAAUGUUUGUAAAUAAAUGUUAAAUAAUA